CGAUCUUUGUGUCUUUUAAAGUUAGUUUUGACUCACCAAAGGUAAGUAGCCUAACAACGGUAAGCUGCCGCGACAGUGAAGGCUUGGGAGGUGCAAAUCCCAGAUUCGAAUCCAAGCGAGACCCGUUGGUGUUCCCGAAGGUAUAAGGCUGCUGGGGGCGAAACCCUCUUUGGCGACAAAGUGAAUGCAGGUGGCCCCAGGUUUAGUAGGACCCGCUGUCACAAAGUGGCACGUGGGGCUAAGGUACCGGGGUAAUCAAAAAAGUUAGUUUUGACUAUACUCGUUGCAAUUGCAAGUGUAGAAAGAACAUUUUCAGUUUUGAGCUAUAUUAAAAAUAAUUUUCAAAAUCGCAUUGCGACCAAUUUGCUAAUGAUUGCUUAGUCGGAUACAUUGAGAAUUUGAAAAUGCGUCGUGAAUUCUUAUGAAAUAAUGAUUUUAUUAGUCUAGUAUUUUUUAAUAUAUAUGAAUAAAUUAUUUAGAUAUUAUUAGUUUUAAUUAUAUUUAUUAAAUAAUUAAAUAAUUAUUUAUUUUAUAUUAUAAAAAAAGGACAUAGGUACUUUCAGAUUCUGCCUCCGCAACUGCACUUAGGAUACUGUACCAUUGAUUACGAUGAUCAACAUUUAAGAUACUGGACCAUUUUUGUUCACUUAUUUCAAAUAUGAUACGAGACAUCACCAUUUUUUGUCAAAAAUAAUUGAAGCCACGUUACAAAUUGCACUAGAAACAGGUAGGUGCAUGUGGUUCUUGCAUGGCACGCAUUCCCGCCGGAUCUUGUCUGGACCAGGUGCGUCCAAAAUCGAUUGGGUUUUGCACGUUUUCUCUAAUGGGCUUUUCUUCGGCCCCGUGUAUAAAGCCAUACUACUCUGUAAAGCCCAAGUCCAUCAAUGCAUGGAAUGUGCCUUUUUGAGAAUUUUUUUUAAAAAUAUGUGUAACUUGGGAUUUUUUCCUCAAAAGCGAGACAUGUUUAAUGAAAACUCAAGUGAAUACAAUACAUGAAAAUGUCUCGUUAAAUCGUUAUCAAAAGAGUUUAACGUAUCAAAAAAAUGCAGUGAUUUUGACCAUUUUCAAAAUCAUAGUAAGAGGGCGCUUCAGUCGUCAUGAUCUAUUGCGACCUGAAAAUUUAUACCUGGUAAUGAUCGAUUCUUCUUCGGUGGUCAGAUUUUGAUUCUCGCACAUAGUUUUCACCGGACUCAUCUACAAAAUAAUUAACCUUGGUUAAGGAGUCCAUUUUAUCUCUAUUGUUGCUGCUGCUGUUACCAGGGUAGAGAAUAAUUAACCUUGGUUAACGGGAGCAUUCUAUCUCCAUUGCUGCUGUUAAGGACAAAAGAAGCUAAGGUGAUUGUUCAGACUUUGAUUAGGUUGGAUUGGAGCAAAGACCAGAUUUGACCGCCGGGGAUCAGAAGAAGGAUAUAAUUAAUGCAGAUCGCAAACUGGAUUAGUUUGCUUGCUUAGAGGAUUGGUUAGAGAUUUAAUAAGGCGAAUACGGCAUCGUAUUAUUAAUUAUAUAAAAUCACAACAGUGCUUAAUUAAGUAUCUCAUUGGGCCACUCCUGAAAUAAACCGACAAAUUAAUACUGCAUAACAGAGUAAAAUGGCCACUUGUCGUCUCACAAAGGCAUGAGAGUUGCAUUAGAUCAAUGGACAUUAGUUAGUUCAUCAAAUAUAGAAUAUAUGAUAUUAUUAAAUAGCAAUCAAGACACGAUACUUACGUGAUAAGUAUAUUUGGGUGUGUUCUUCUCAUCAGUUACAAAUAUAAUGCCAAGUGUUUUGUACCUGUAAAGUUGUAGUUGUAUCAACAGACUAAACCAAACCGCAGUAAGGAAUACAAAGUCUACAUCGAAAAGUAUUCAACUAAUUUUUCAGAAACACCGAAACAUCAAGCAAAAUUAUUUAGAGGGCAUAAUUCUUCAAUCCCUAACACUUUCAUAAGAUGUGGUAUCUGACAUAUCGUAUUGAAUUCUUAACAUAAAGAACCAACAGAUCAAUUAUGUAGCAGAUAUAUUCUUGAAUUCUUCAAGUCACGUACCACUUUUCUCGUAUGAGCAAGCUACAUAUCUUUGUCAAAUUGUGAUAUUGAAGGAUAUAGGAGGCCUACUGGUCUAGUUAGUUGGGUACUACUUCAGAUUAAAUUAAUACAAUUAAACAAAUAUGCUUUCUCAAAUAAUUGAAAAAUUACUUUGAUGCUGAGCUUUUGUUUAAUAUCGAACAACUAAUAAAUCUACCAGCCAACUUUCUGAAUAUCUAUAUUCCCAAAGUACAUAUUGCCAAAUCCAAUUCGAUCCAUUGGGCCGAGAGAUAAAAUGAUUUAAUUAAUAAGGGAAAACCGUUUCAAACGUGACGUAUUUCAGAAAUUAAAUGAUAUAAUUCUGGGGGUGUCUCUGUAAAGCAGGUGAUUAACUUUGUUUUUUUAUGGAAGGUGUCUAACUUUGCUUAAAAGACAAGGUGAUUAAUUAAGUCAUCAAGCUUUUGGUAACCACUGGAUUUCGGGUUAACAAGUAAAUGAAUGGAGCACUAUUCAAUUAACCACCAUGGAAUGGCACCCACUAAUGAGAGUUGCUUUAGGUUAAUUUCUUUUUCCACAAACACACAGAAUCUUCAUAUAAUUAAAAAUACUAUUGAUUUACCACCUUGGGAAGACAACUGCUUUUGGCGUUAAUUAUUGACCCAUCCAUAUGUAAAAAUUAAAAUGUGAGAGUAGGUAGGUAGUCCAACCAAUAAGCAUCAAAUUGAAGUUAGCCUCGUUGCGAAAUUGUAACAGAUCAAUUUGACACAAUUGUCUCGUUUUGAGACAAUUGUACCAAAUUGCCUCGUUUGCCAGAAAGAAAUUUGGAUGGAUCAAUCUGCCUGAGGUAUUUUGAAUUGAUCCGUUUUGAGUCAGUUUCAAUUAUCUGGAGUGGGGGCAGGUAAUUCGAAUUGACUCGUUUUAAUUGACUCGUUUAUAAAACGAGACAAUUGAUCAAAUUGACUCAUUUCUAGAUUGAUCCAUCCAAACGACCCAUAAUGAAUAUCUAUUUAAUUACACUCACCUAGUUACCUAUUGUUUGGUUUAUUUUAUAAAGUAAACGGUAAACAUCAGAAAAUACUCUCUAAAAAAUGUGCCCAUUGCUCACUAGCCAGAUAUACCAUGAAAUUGCAUGCAAGAUCAAAAUCGCAAAGUGAUGAAAAUGAUAUGAAUUAUGGUUCAACCCAACUCGAUCAAACCCUAACAAUAUUUGAAAAUGCCCCUUGAAAAGGAUAAGACAAAGAGAGAAAUGAGAGGAAUGGAAUCCAUGUCGAGUGAAAUGGAACUAGUUCCACUAUGUUCUAUCGCGGGACACGCCUAAUAUUUGGAAUUUUUUUUAUUAAUCUUACAUUACAUAAGUGUAUAUAUAGGAUUUGAAUACUAGACCUAUAUAUAAUACGAAAAAAGUUUUAUAUACAAUAAAAUAAAUUUAGCUGGUUUCAUUACUUAAGAAUACAGACUAAGAAUGUCUUUGCAAUUAUUUUCAGAUAUGACACACAUUGUGUAUGCAAAAGGAAAUGUGUAUGAAUCCGUUAUUUCUUCAUUUGCAAAAUGAAUUACUUGAAUAUCAAUUUUAGAAAAGUUAUUCAUAUAAUUAUAUAUCAUAUAAAGGACACACCUAUUUUAAUCUUCUACCUCCGCCACCAAAUAAACAUGUGGACAAUAAAUUUCUAUUGAACAUACAGAAUCGAUACAUAUUGCAGUUCAAUCUCAACAUUUAUUAUUGACUAGAAAGUCCACAAUAAGAUGGCAUUCUCUACCAUUGCACUCCAUAGAUUUAAUUUGUUCUCCCUAGUAUGUCGGAUUGUCGGUGGAACUAUUUAGCUACCGAUGUGUGUUUUGUACAAAGUUUCUAAAUAAAUGUAUUGAACCAAAUCACCUGUGUGCAUGAUUCUCAACCUUACCAAAUUACUAAAAUUCAUCCACUAAAUCGGAAUUCAAGCCAUGUUAUCUUCAUUGGAAUCCUGUCGUCGUGAAUCAUGAUAGUGCACUAUUCUUUUACAUUACUGUUAUUCUAAAACACGUACAUCUUCAAAAUACAUGAAUCGUUAAUAUCUAUCACACCAGCCCUUGAACCAAAAAGUCCAAAACCACCCCUAGAAGCCAUUACAUUUCAACAUGAAGUACGCUUACUUGAUCAAAUGUGACAAGUUAGACAAAAGGGUUGGUGACAUGAAUCAUAGGAACCCAAAAGCUCAAGUAACUCAAAUGAAUCUUUUUGGGGGGGAACUCACCAUGAUCAAUUUUGGCCUCUCUAUUUACCUACUUUUCAUCUCCCUUUUAUCCUCUAAGCAGCUUUUGCUCGUUUUGGCUUGGCGACUCGGCUUGCAAUUAUUCGAAUGCUGUGCCUGUGUUUUGCUAAAGAUUGCCCGAGUAGGGCAAGCAGAUGGAGGAUGUACAAGUUUACGAAGCAUUUCCCUCGAUAGAAAUAUGUGCUAUUGUGUGUCGACUGUCAAGAGUUAAUUGAUGGUACUGUUUCAUUUGCGUGGGAUCGAUCUGUAAGUUGCAUCAUGCGCACUAGUUUUUGUUCGCAAUCAUUUGCGCCUUUGAAACCCACCUCCGGCUCGGCUGGCCAUCACUUCAAGGUCCACUACAUGUGUGUGAGCGUAAUUGAUUGGAAAACAUGCUGAGAAAAGUAUUAGAUUUUUUGGAAUAUUUGGUUGUUGGGAACGAGGAUACGAGAUUAUUUGAGUGGUUCCACGAUAUUUUUAUGUUAAUGAUGUUUCAAACAUGACAUAAAUCGUUUACUUAUAAAUAGUUCGAGUUCUUCGAUCGUUAUUAGAUUAUAGUGGAAUAUUUUGGUGCGUGGAUAUGAUUGAUGACACUUGUAGUUCAUCUUGUACUAUUUUGUUUGAGUCACAACGUGAGGGAAGUGAUAAGUAAGAGUCAUUUGUGUGUACUAUUAUGAGGACCAUUAUGCACCUUCUCUAGUUACCUAACCAUAGUUGCUUGUGAAGGGUUACUAGUCUUUUAUAGGAAUUGGAGAUGAAAGUAGCUAGAAGUAUUCCUGAGUAUCGUGAAAGCUUUGAAUCAUUGAUUUGAAGCUUCAUGGACACCAAACGAGCAGGCUGAAUAUCGUACGGUGACCAGUCAAAAUUCACGGUCAGGGAGCCAAUUCCACGACCAUGGAAUAGAAGGACAGACAGUGGAUUUUGGGUAGGGGAGUUCCACGGCCAAAGAUGCCAAAUCCACAACCGUGGAAUUCAAGGGUAGGCCGUGGAUUUGCAACUGAAGAGUAAAAGUUACCUUUUUGGUUUAGGAUUUUGUUUUUUCCCCCCGGAAUUUUGGUUAUUUUAUUUGCCCUACACUAUAUAAAGGGUUUGACACACGAAUUUUUGGCAGACUUUGAUGAAUAUUGAUAUUUUCUUUGUUCUUUGAGUUUUAGACUUGAGAAUUUGCUGCUUUGUAUCAAUCAAGUUUUCUCCUUGAUUGUGGUCGAGCUUGUACCCUUUAUUGAUAGAUCCUUCUUCCAUCAAAGAACACCAUACCAAACAGAAUGACUAACUAAAUCAUUAAUGAUUGUUUGGUAUAUAGAGUGAUAUUCUUGAUAGUUUCGACUGCUAAUCUAUUUUAAUUAACCAAAAUUUUCCAAUAUAAGAUUAUAUCAUGAAUGAUUCGCAAAGUUAACAAAAAUUAUUUUACUAGGUGUAUUUUUCUUUUAAGUGGACCCCCUCAGACGAAAUCCUGUCUACGCCACAACAUUGAAUUGCUUUAUUCUAUGUUAAACUUUCAAUUGCUAAUAUCUUUUUUAUUAGACUAAAAUAAAAUAUUCAGCUACCAGCUAGCUGGUGGGGCGCAUUGUCGUUCGUUAUGCUCACAGUACUAUUGUGCAGGAAUUCUCCAGCAAAUGAAAUGCAUGGCUUUUGUAAAAAAAAAAAAAAAAAAAAUGAAAUGCAUGGCUGGUGGUGUUGAACAGUAAGUAACCAAACUAGAGAAUUUGGUUGUUGGACGUUGGUGGACCAUGGAAUUUGGAAUUCUCGGGCGGUCAAUGUUCUCCAACAGAGAAUUCGAUCUGCAUAAAAAUAUCCAUAUAGAAAAAUAUAAAACAAGGAUUCUCAC